UUUUCAGACUUCAAUUUUCUUCGUAGUUUGUCUUGUUGUGAGUUGUGACAUCAUAAUUCGUUUAAUAAAUCGAAUAAAGUUGCUUGUUGAGAGGCUUGUAAAGUUACCUCCAGGAAAAUCCAUCAGCUUUUCCACAAUGUCAUCAUCUAUGACCAGUUGCUUUAUUUCAUGUUUAUUAUUAUGCCUGGUUUUGACCACUGAUAACGUUGUCCUAGCUAAUGAGAACGAUGUAGAAAGCAUUUCUAAAAUUGGACAAGGAAUGGGCCAUAUCAUGAACAUUUAUUACUGCUAUUCAUGCGGCUAUAGGAAAGUGUUUGAAGACUAUGCUGGAAUUAUACAGCAAAAAUAUCCUGAAAUAUCUGUUCUUGGUGCAAAUUAUGAUCCACCUGGCUUUAAUAUGUAUCUUUCAAGAUUGAUUGGAUUUGGGAAAAUGAUAGUAAUAAUGUGCAUUCUAAGUGGAGUUAAUAUAUUUGCCUGGCUUAAUAAGCCACAGCCUUCAUGGUGGAGCUGGUGUUUAGAAAACAAGCUUUAUGCUUGCAUGAUGAUGUUUUUUAUGGCUAAUAUGAUUGAAGGCCAACUAGUAUCUUCUGGCGCAUUUGAAAUAUCACUUAAUAACAUUCCAUUGUGGUCUAAAUUGGAGACAGGAAGAAUUCCACAGCCACCAGAGCUAUUUCAAAUAAUAGACAAUACAUUGCAAUUUUCAAAAAUGGAAAUGCCUUCUAACAAUUUUGGCCAGUAACAAAAAUGAAACAUAUCCUACAAACCAUUUGUUUUAGUGGUCCACUUUCUGGUUACUAACUAUUUGGUCAUGUUUAUGUUAAGGAAGCGUAAUAUAAGUUGUUGCAAUAUAAUGAAAGAUUACCAAUACUAGUUAUUUCUUUAAUAUUGUAAAACUAUUUCUCUUGACUAUAGCAACAAUACCUAAGUUUAUAUAAUGACAUGCAUUAUUGUGAGAUUUCAGUGAUACAUUCUUUAUCUUAUCUUUUGAUACGUAAAAUUUGCUUUAAUACUGAAUGAAACAUUUACCCUACUUUGGACAUAGAGAAGUUAUCUAGUCAGGUGAUAAAUGAUUCAAAUAGUAAUGUCAAGAGACAAAAGGUGGUAGAUUAAAUAAAAAAUUGUGUGUA